AUGAACUUGCUUCUGCUUCUUUUUGCUGCUCUAGCAGCUCCUCUAUUUGCUUCCGGGCUCCACCAUAAGCCCUCCACUGCCGCCCUCAGCAGCAGCGGCAACGGCAGCAGCAGGUUGCUCGCUCCUGAUGCAGCAGCACCAGCUGCUCUCCUCCAGGCCCAUCAUUUUGAACGUUUAGCGCGGCAUGCCCCCAUUUUGCAAGCAGUGGGGCAGCAAGCGGCUGUGGGGGAUGCUGCUCGUGCUGCUGCUGCUGCGGCUGCUGCUGCUGUAAAUCCUUUCCGGCGAGGGCUUGGGGCCAUUUUCCCUGGGUCUCGACUGAGGCAGGAGCGUGAGCAAAGGGAGAGGGAUAAGAUUCGGAGGCAACUGGAGUUCCCUCCUAUUCCUGGUUCUCCUGCUACUCCUGCUGUUCCUCCGCCAGGUAGGGGGGGUUUGCUGUCUGGUUUUGGUGCAGCCUCACAGCGCCUGAUGGAGCACCUUGAAGACCUGCAACGGCCGCAGUAUCGGCCUCCGCGCCCUCUAUCUUCUCCUCUCGCUGAAGCAAUUCCUCGCUUAAAAAACAUCUCAGGAAAUAUUGAGGAUUAUGAACAGCAGCGAGAAAGAGACAAGGAAAAUGCAAGAAAACUACUGGGCAGGGUAUUUGGAGAUGCUGCUGCUGCUGGUGCAGCACCAGCACAUAAACUGCGAAGAGGAAGACGUGUUGGCAGCCCUAAAAGGCCCGCAAGACAACCUGCUGCUGAUGCUGCUGCUGCUGAGCCGUCAAGUGCAGAAACAGCAGAACAGACAGAGCAAGAAGAAGCAGCAGCAGCUCCAGCAGAAGAAGCAGCAGCAGCACCAAGUGUAAAAAGUAUUGCCCCCACUUUGUUUACUGACCAACAGGCUGAACAAUAUCUAGCUGAAGUCGCGACGGCAACGGCGCAUAAUACGCAUCUGCAAGAAAUCCUAAAGAGUAGAACCACCUCUGUUUUUUCUUCAGAUCCUGUUGGUACUGCAGCACUUCGUGUACUUGCUUCUACAGCAGCAGGUGGGAAGGGAGCGCGUCUCUAUGACGUCCGAGAUGCCAGUACAGGAGCCCUUAUAACAGACAAACUUGAAUUAACAUCAGAGAAGGUUUUAGGUUCUGGAGGCAACGGAGUUGUAGUACAGAUGCGUCUGUCGAAUGGAGAUGAUCAGCAGCAACUCGGCCUUACAACGGUUGCUGUCAAGCUGGCCUACUUCCAUCUGAACUCUCCAGAUCCUUCACCAGAUGAAAGAAAGCAUGCGCGAGCAGUGUUAAAAGAUAUUUACAAGUCGGAGGUAGGGGGAGUGCAGAGAAUCUUAAGAAGAGCUAGAAGAGGAAGUGGAGCGGGUGCAGCAGGAGGAGAGUUAACCACACAGAACAUUGCUGUAGGGCAUCAGUGGGCCAUGCCACUCUUCACAGCCUCUUUACGCAAUCCCAAUGGGCAGCCAGAGCAGCACGACGAGGGGGAGCAGCAGCAGAGGCUGCGAGGAGCAGGACCCGCAGUAGCAGCACCAGCGCCAAAGGCCUCUAAGGAAGACCUUCUCUUGGUCGGGAGAGUUGGGUUCCACGGUAAGGUAGUUCUUUCUGAGGUUAUGUUAGGAGAUGCAACGUCUCUGCUGACUCCUAGAGAUUCAACUGUGACUAUGAAUAGCAAAAACACAACCACCAGACUAAGCCUAACCUUUCUCCGUCCUUCUAUGUCGGCAAUGGAGUAUCUGUGUGCAGUGUUCAUGGGUAGUGUUGCUGCCUUAAAUAGCCUGCAAGUUGGGCAUAUGGAUUUAAAACCGGAGAAUAUAUUAAUAAGUCCUUCAGGAGUUCCUUAUACUGCAGACUUCGGCUUAGCUGGUCCUCUAGGGGAGACACGAAGUUGUUACAACGGCACUGUGCUGUAUAUGGAGCCUCGUGCAGCAGAUUGUGCACUAAAAAGGAGAUCAAGAGAAUUAAAAAAAACCUAUGAUGCUUGGGCAACAGGGGUAACAGCAUAUGUCAUGUUAAGUGGGGGAAGCUUUCCGUAUGGGAUAAACCCUAAUGGCUCAGUUCUGGAGCAGCUGUCUGAGCUAGACUCACCGAGAGGCGGCUCGCGUAGACAUCAUCAUACAGGAAGGGGGUACAAUAUCUUCGGCAGUCCUAGUGAAGACCUUCGACGCAGAGGGGUGUCCAAGCCGCUUGCUGACGCUGUUGGUGCGCUGUUAAACACAGACUCUCAUGCAAGGCCUUCAGUGGAGAGCAUAUGCCAAAAGCUGGGGAUCCAAUAUUGA